UCGUUUGUUUACCGUCUUGUGUGAGAAAACAAUGUUAGGAGUUGCACUCUUGAGAGAACCACUUUAUUUUUUAAUAAUAUUCACCAUAUUAUUAUAUUUUGUCAUGGGGCAUUACAUAGUCUGAGGGGUUUAAUAUUUAAAGCAUACAUUUGUUUAAACCCAGUCAACAGUUGUUAAAACACUAGAUAGAAUUAUUAGUGGUGGCUCUCUUCACCUGCCAUAUUUCAGCAGUCUUCAAAAGUAUUCUCCCUCACUGUACCCUACUCUGAAUUUGCUGCCCUGCUACUGUACAGCACAUCCAUCAGAAGAAGGAUAUAUUUGCAUUGCUCCUGUAACAUAAUGUGUUACAGGAGCUGACAGUACCGACAUUACUCAACUGUUUCUAAUUCGCACUUCCACCACAUCUGCCUGGUGUUUGAUUUCACCUCCUGUGGAUCAUGUUGCUGUGGCUCAGGCCAUGAAGGCCAGGAGCCACAGAAUCAUGACUGGAACCUGCCCGUCCCCCUGUCCACACUUGCCAAAUAUAUACCCUCCUAAAGUAAAUAUAAUCCUGUCUAUGUCCACGUGGAAAAGGCCACUACCUGCUCAGCAGCAGAGUCCCCCAGUUGUACACUCAUUUGGUCUGAGCUCUGCUGAACUUGUCCCAGAUCUGAGCUCACACAGCCAUGGGGGACUGGAACCUGCUGGGAAAGCUUCUAGAAAAAGCCCAGGAGCACUCCACUGUGGUGGGGAAGGUGUGGCUCACUGUCUUGUUCAUCUUCCGCAUCCUGAUCCUGAGUGCUGCGACAGAGAAGGUGUGGGGCGACGAGCAGUCAGGCUUCACCUGCGACACCAAGCAGCCCGGUUGCGAGAACGUGUGCUAUGACAUCACUUUCCCCAUCUCCCACGUCCGCUUUUGGGUGCUGCAGAUCAUCUUUGUGUCCACGCCUACGCUGAUCUACCUGGGACACAUCCUCCAUCUGGUGCGGAUGGAGGACAAGCACAAGGAAAAGGAGAGAGAUCAAGACAAGCAGGCCCUUAUUGUGGAUGCUAAGCACAAAAAGGCUCUGGUGAGGGACAAAAAGGGAAAAGUGCGCCUGCAGGGGGAGCUCUUGCGCACAUAUGUCUUUAAUGUGGUCUUUAAAACCCUGUUUGAGGUGGGCUUCAUUGUGGCUCAAUACCUCUUGUAUGGCUUUGAGCUGAAGCCAAUGUACACAUGUGACAGACCGCCCUGCCCCAAUGUGGUAAACUGCUAUAUAUCCCGUCCCACAGAGAAAACCAUCUUCAUCAUCUUCAUGCUGGGAGUUGCCAGCGUGUCUCUGUUCCUUAACCUCAUAGAGAUCUACCACCUGGGCUUUACCAAGUGCCGCCAGGGCAUCACCUUCAGGAGAGGUGAACAGUCCUCUGAGAGUAUCCCCAAGGAGCCCAGCGAGGCCGCAGUGCCGUUUGCACCGAGUUAUGACGACUACUUCCACCAAGUGCAGCCAGCCUACCCGCCCGUACCCAGCUACAACCUCACCCCUCUGUCUGAGGGCACCGAGUCGUCCUUCCACCCCUACCACAGCAAGGCGGCCUACAAACAGAAUAAGGACAACUUGGCGGUGGAAAGGAGCAGCAGCAAGCCAGAGGAAUGUGACCUGAAAGGAAAGAAGGGAGCAGGAUCAGCCCCUGGGUCACCUACGCAGGCCAGGCCCAGCCGCAGUGCCAAACACAGCAACAACAAGACUAGAAUAGACGAUUUGAAGAUAUGAGAAGGUUUAUGUUUCUCUGAGGGGUCUUAAGUUGCAGUGAGGGGAUCGUGUGUUGUUUGGAAGCAUUCAUACAUGCUGAACUGAAUCCCCUCUUUAAGAUGGCACAGUUUUGACUCAUUCCAACUUAGAAGGGAGUGGCAUUUAUAGGGCACACAGAGAAGCUGCAGUUGUACAGAAAUGUGUAAAGACUGGUUCAAUAAUCGCCUUUGUAAUGAACUUAGACCUCUUCAAGUAAAUUCUGCUCCACUGAGAAGUGUCCCAUAGCUGGGUAUUUCUUUUUCUUUCGAAAAACUUAAUUGGAUUUCACAUUAGACUGUAGCAUUAAUGGUAUAUGGUACACCAUUUGUGGCAACACCAUAUUUUCAGUCAAUGUUGAUUACUGUACUAGUGUUUUUUUUAUUGAUUUGUGUAUGGUAUGAAUCUUUCCACUGUUCACUAUUAUCACUGAGAAUCUAACAAAAUCAACAAAAAGUACUGUCUGCUCAGGUUUUACAUUCAGAGUAUCUUUUUUUCAAUGUGUGAUGAAUGUGAAUGAAGUCAAAAAUGCAACUCCAUGUAUAAAGUUGCCCAAACUUUGGGAACAGAAUCCAAGGCAGAAACUUGUUCAGCACUGGCCUGACCUCACUUGAGGAAAUCAGAUAGGGAGAAUAGUUAAAUUUAACUUCCUUAAACAGUUUUGAGGUCACCAUCUAGCAUAGUUCACUUGCUUAGACUUGAAGUGAAAAGUUGUGCAAUACCUGACAACACAUUGGACACUGGGAAUAUUGUACGUAAUUCCAGGACGCGCCUCAAAAGAAAUUGCACUGGUCUCAGGAGUUCCCACAUUUGUACUUGACAGCCAGCAAGUACAUAAUUAUAAGCACAUUGGUUUGUUUAUCCUUGUUUAUAUCUGUUUGUCCGAUUUGUUUUCUGUAAAGCACUUGUUGACAACCAUAUUUGUAAAACUGCUUGAAAUAAAUCUGUCUUAAAUUUGUAA